AUGGGAAUCCUCCUGUUUUUUGUGCUGUCACUCUGCUUACGCCACUCCGUCAGUCAGUCCGUGACCCAGAGCCCGAAUACGGUGACCGGAAAAGAGUGUGAGUCCGUCACCAUCACCUGCCUUUUCCAAGUUCAUUUAUGGGGCAGUUACAGAUUACAGUCUGGACAUUUCUUCAAGCAUGCACAGUCCGAUGCACAGUGGCAGCGGGUCACUCCAGGUGGACGGUUUGUUGUGUGGAUCAAAAAAGCGAAAAAGACCUUUUCGUUGAAAAUUAUUCGUUUGAGAGUUGAGGACAUGGCCACAUAUUACUGUCAAGCUGAGUACAAAUGGAGUAAGCACAGUGAUGGGCCUGGGACUACGGUGACUGUCGCAGCCGAUUCCAUUUCCGCAGGUUCCAUGAGUCCGCCUCUACAAUCCUCUCUUUCUAGUGACACUGUCUCUCUUAACUGCGUAUAUUCAGGACUCUGCUCGUACACAGUACACUGGUACCGACAGUUCCCAGGGCAGGCUCUGGAAUUCCUGCUCCAAAGACACACUUCAGGAAAGAAAGAUGAGGAAGAGGCUGCCGGAGGUCGUAUUUCUGGUUCUCUCGAUCCUGACCAGAAAAUCAGUCAGUUAACGCUGUCUGAAGUUCUGCCGAGCGACGAGGCUGUGUAUUACUGUGGGAUGAGUCCACGCAUCGCACAGUGA